AUGCGCUGGUCUGUGAGCGUAGUCGCUGGCUUCCUUGCAGUGGUUGCGGUGGCACUGCCCGAUGGAUUCAAACAUACGUGCAUCAAGAUGUCCGAUUGCUGGCUCCGCUGCUCUGGCCAAGUGGGACUGCUUGCCUACAACCUUCAGUUGAUGCAUCAGCGCACCAUGGUCAAGGUGCUCGUCAAGCCGAACUUGCAAAGCGCAGAGUGUCUACCAGGAACCAAGACAUCCGACCAGAUCGCUUGCACGUUCCACCUCCUUUCAUUCGAUCCGGCGAAAUUGGAAAUAGGAAUCACCGGCGUACGAGAUAUGAUAGGCGGACAUGACGCGCAGGAGCCAACCAUCAUCAGCGGCUUGGGUAUACUCUCCACAGGCAUGUUCGACGGAGCUGAUUACAUGUCAUGCAUCUUCCAGCGUGAAGCGACAGCAGUCGGUGUCGCUUGUGGCUCCAAAGCAGACGAAGUCGUGCCGUAUUUCGAUGGAAAGACUUGCAAGGACUUUUUCGACGAGCCGCAGUACGUAGGUACUUGCGAAAUACAGCUCGUGCCGGGUCGAAUGGGCAGCUGCAACGUGUUGAACGCGAGCAAACGGGAGAACGAAAGAUGUCGAUACGAUUAG